ACAAGUUCAAGUCUGUUUACUCGUUUUCUAGGGGUGACAGAGGCCGAGGUCGAGGUGGGCGCUUUGGGUCCAGAGGCGGCCCCGGAGGAGGGUUCAGGCCAUUUGUUCCACACAUCCCGUUUGAUUUCUACUUGUGUGAAAUGGCCUUCCCCCGGGUCAAGCCAGCGCCUGAUGAAACUUCCUUCAGUGAGGCCUUGCUGAAGAGGAAUCAGGACCUUGCUCCGAAUUCUGCUGAACAGGCCUCUAUCCUUUCUCUGGUGACAAAAAUAAACAAUGUGAUUGACAAUUUGAUUGUGGCUCCUGGGACAUUUGAAGUGCAAAUUGAAGAAGUCCGACAGGUGGGAUCAUAUAAAAAGGGAACAAUGACCACAGGACACAAUGUGGCUGACUUGGUGGUCAUCCUGAAGAUUCUGCCGACGUUGGAAGCCGUUGCUGCCCUAGGGAACAAAGUCGUGGAAAGCCUAAGAGCACAGGAUCCUUCUGAAGUUUUGACCAUGCUGACCAAUGAAACUGGCUUUGAGAUCAGUUCUUCGGAUGCCACCGUGAAGAUUCUCAUUACGACGGUGCCACCCAAUCUCCGGAAACUGGACCCAGAACUCCACUUGGACAUCAAGGUGUUGCAGAGUGCCUUAGCAGCCAUCCGACAUGCCCGCUGGUUUGAGGAAAACGCUUCUCAGUCCACAGUCAAAGUUCUCAUCAGGCUGCUGAAGGACCUGAGGAUUCGCUUUCCUGGCUUCGAGCCCCUCACACCCUGGAUCCUCGACCUACUCGGGCACUAUGCUGUGAUGAACAACCCCACCAGACAGCCUUUGGCCCUGAACGUGGCGUACAGGCGUUGCCUGCAGAUCCUGGCUGCAGGCCUGUUCCUGCCGGGGUCGAUGGGCAUCACGGACCCCUGUGAGAGUGGCAACUUCAGAGUACACACAGUCAUGACUCUGGAACAGCAGGACAUGGUCUGCUACACAGCUCAGACUCUGGUCCGAAUCCUCUCGCAUGGUGGCUUUAGGAAGAUCCUUGGCCAGGAGGGUGAUGCCAGCUAUCUUGCUUCUGAAAUAUCUACCUGGGAUGGAGUGAUAGUGACACCUUCAGAAAAGGCUUAUGAGAAGCCACCAGAGAAGAAGGAAGGUGAGGAAGAGGAGGAGAACACAGAAGAACCGCCUCAAGGGGAGGAGGAGGAGAGCAUGGAGACUCAGGAGUGACCUUCCCUUCUCUUUAGCCCCUUUCUUACCCAAGGGGAAGACUGGCGCCUAAGCUAACUGCUACUGGGCUUUAUAUGGGGGCAUUUCCAAGGGAUAAGGGAGACAGGAGGGAAAAUGAAAAUAAACUCGAUGGAAAUAAAUGCCAUCCUACUGAGUUCUGAUGUUGGCUUAGCAGCCCAAAGUCUCCCAUCUAUAGCGAAGCAGGAUACCAACUUUUCCUCCCAAUACUGUAGAAUCCCCAGCUCCCGGAAACCUCCCAACCAGUACUUUGUUGUUGAAAUGUUGUGAACUGUUCAUGUCUGGAAAUGUUUUUUUUUUUUCUAAGAAAAAAUAAAGUACUUCCUAGUAGGGCU